AUGGCACCCAUCAAACCCGCUCGCCCAUCCCAGCGCUCUCGCACAACCCGCCCUUCCACCUCUCUCAAACCCCGUCCCACAUUUGCCACCCCAGACACCACCUUCACCUCCUCCAAAAAAGACAAGCGCACAAUCAAGCACUCCGUCUUCCUCCACAAGAUCGAAAAGACCCACAGCAAAGCCCCUAAGCGGCGUCGCCCCAACAAAAAGCUCGUCGCCGACCUGCAAUCUCUCGCGGACGCGCUGCCAGAUACCAUCGACAACGAGGACGGUGGAGCGGAGGAGACGGUCGUAGGACAGGCGAGGAUACGACAUAAGAGUCUGAAGAGUAGGCCGGGGGCGAUGAAGAGGAAGGAGAAGCUGGAGAGGGCGGAGAGGGAGAGGUUUGGGAGGAACAUGGCACAGAUGGCGGUUGGGCAACAACGGCAAGAAGGCGCCGGGGAGGCUGCGGUUCCAGGGACGGGAAAUAGGUGGGCGGCGUUGAGGGGGUUUAUUGAGGGGACGAUGGAGAAGAAUGCGGCAUUCCAGAAGACGUGA